UGUUUACAUACGAGGGAAACAGCAAUGACCUCAGAGUGGCAGGGACUGGAGAUGGUGGUCUGGAGGAGAUGGUGGACGAACUCAAUAGUGGGAAAGUAAUGUAUGCUUUCUGCCGAGUGAAAGACCCCAANCCAUUUCACGGGGGUCGCCAAGCAAGGCUUUUAAAUUCUGUGUUUUUCUUUUGGCAGUUUGGGGAAGGCGUUAAUGACGUAAGAAAAGGAGCCUGUGCCAACCACGUCACUUCAGUGGUAAACUUUUUGAAGGGCGCUCAUGUGACAAUAAAUGCUCGGGCUGAUGAAGAUGUGGAACCAGAGACCAUUAUGGAGAAGGUGGCCAAAGCUUCAGGGGCAAACUAUAACUUCCAUAAAGAAGGGAGCAAGUUCCAGGAUGCAGGACCACAAGCUCCUGUGGGCUCCGUUUACCAGAAAACAAAUGCUAUGUCUGAGAUUAAAAGGGUCGGCAAAGAUAACUUUUGGGCCAAAGCAGAGAAAGACGAGGAAAAUCGCCGGCUGGAAGAAAAGAGGAGAGUGGAGGAAGAGCGUCAGCGUUUGGAAAAGGAGAGUCGGGAUCGGGAACUGAAGGAAGCAACUUUACGGGAGCGAAGGUACAAGGAGCGAUCCCAGGAGAUUGAUGCUCAGAGGAAAUUCCAGCAACAACAGGAAGCCAACUCAAAAGAACAAGAAAAACAACAAUGGAAGGAGCAGGAAGAAAUUCGCAGCAAGAAAGGUUUCCCACGGAGGAGUGAUUCUGUGGAGAAAGCUCAGGAAGCAGCAUCACUAGUAGCUCAGCGAUCAGUGAAUCCUCGUGAGAUCUUCAAACAGAAGGAGAGGUCCAUGUCUACAGAAGCAGCAGCCACCAUCAACUCCCAGCCAGGCAAGUUACGGAGCCCUUUCCUCCAGGAGAGAAGUCAGGUGGAGAAUCCUGUCUCCCCUGUCCAACCUGCUGCACAAGAUGUUCCUCCUCCUCCUCCUCCUGUUGUUCGUUCGUCUGGUCGCGACACACCUCCAGUUUUUCCUGUUCCCGAACUUGGUAAUUCUGUCAGGGAGGAGAACCACAAGGCAGGGGCUGCAGUCCAUGAACCAGAGGUAGAACAGGAGGCGGUGUAUGAGGAGCCCCCAAACCAGCAUGUGAUCUACGAUGAGCCCCCUGAGCCUGAAGAUGCAAACUAUGAUUAUAGUGAUGCCUACCAAGAAAACCUUAACAUGGAAGGAAAGGGAAUAUGUGCCCGUGCUCUGUAUGAUUAUCAAGCUGCUGACGACACAGAGAUCUCUUUCGACCCUGAGAACAUGAUCACAAACAUUGAGAUGAUUGACGAGGGCUGGUGGCGAGGUUACGGGCCCAAUGGUCACUUUGGGAUGUUUCCGGCCAACUACGUGGAACUUAUUGAAUAAGGGAUCCUCGCCCGGGGGUGGGGCGGGGGACGAG